AUGGUUAUCCUCAGCUUCACCAAAGACACCGAGACCUCGACGGCGGUCACGGCCGGCAACCCGGCGCCUGCCGUCCAGCUGUGGGGCUUUGAUCCGCUGGAGCUUCUGGAGCGGAUCGAGUUUCCCAACGACAGAAAUGAGCAGCUUCUCCGUGUCUCCAAGGCGUCCCGCAUGCGUGCGGUCCGCCGCAUGUCGCUCGAGCCCUCAGACGACCCAGCCAAGAAUGUUCCCAGACCCAUUCCGCCCGAAAACAGCCGCCGGCGAACCUGCCGCACUCCCGCUGAGGUCAAGGCACGAGAAGAGGAAGCCGUGUUUGAGCAACUCGCCCGCUCGGCCGCUGCGGUCAUAAUACAGAGCUGCUUCAAGGGCUGGCUGACCCGCCGCAAGUACCUGGCCGUCGUAUGCUACCGCAUGUCGCAGCGGUCUGUCGGCAGCGGCGGCUCGAAUCUCCAGUGCAUCACGCUCCCAAGCAUAUCCGAUCUAUCGGUUCAGGAACGGCUGUUGGCCAAGUACAAACGAUACUGCUCGUUCUUUGAAAAGCUGUGUCGGCCUCCGCCUACGUUUCCGUUCUUCUGUGCGGCAUUCAUCCAAGCAUACUUUCGCAUGUGGGUCACCCGCCGCACAUGGAUCCAGCUACGGCUCAAGACCCUGGAAGAGCAGCGCAAAGGGAUGGAGGUCCUCUGGACCAAUGCCAAGAAGAAUGAGCGUCUCGCCGGUAGUUACAGUCUUUGGGACCAAGCGGCAAAGAAGAUCCAGCAGCUAUGGAAGAGUUACUAUAACAUCAAGAUUUACCACUUUUACAGAGACUUGAUCAAGUUCCGUGAGCGCGGGGAUCCCCGAAAGCUGCUCAAGUUCAUCAAUCCAAAGGAAGCCGCUCUCAUCGACGGAGCCUCGGGUAUUCAUGUGCGCUUUCGGCUCGGCGGGAGCAGCUUCCCACCAAAGAUAUACUACAAGAUAUUCAUCCACAACAACAUGAUCGACAUGAAUGCCUUCAGUCCCCGCGACUACACGCAACAGCGAAACAAACAGCCCCUUCCCAAAGACCUGUUUUGCAACAACAAAAAGAUUGAUCAGCCGCACACAGAUGGAUGGUAUGUGCGCCACGAAAACAAUGGCUGGCGAUGUGUCUCGGAUGCAACCUGGACAAAUCCCUUCGAUCCCAUCACCAUUACCACAUCCGAAGUCAAGGUUCCGUUCCACCACCUGAAGCUCAAGCGCCGAGACGAGCUUGCCAAGGAAAAGAAGCUCAAGAGGCUCAAGUGGCUGCAAAAAAUGUACCAGGAGGGGCGACAUAUUGUGCUUGACCAAGCCGAGACAAACAAGGCACAGCCCCCUGCCGCCGUAGCUGCUGCAGCGCUGGCUGCUGCUGCAGAGGAGAAGAGAGAUAGCCUGCAGACAGUCCCUGGAGUCUCUUACGAGCACGCUGAAUCGACCGCAUCACAGCCCCUCAAGCUGCCCCCAGGACGCAGCAUGACUCCUGUGCGCGAGUUCAAGGACGAGUACGAUGUGCUGAGCGCUAUCGCCGAGCUCGAGACGGAAACUGACAACUGGGAUGACAUGCUCAAGUGGAGUCGGGCCCUGGACUUUGACGACUACUUUGGGCAUUGGAUGGGCCUGGCGACGACGGGCCGGUCGGAUGACCCAAGCACCUUCGACAUCGGCAUCGAUUCAGACAACGAGUCGCUGUUCAAUGUCGGGCAGACCCAUGCUCCCGCCGAUGGCGCCACCGCCGUGGCUGACGGAGUCGUACCUGCGGUUGGUCCUGAUGCGACCACACCAGUGCCGCCGGCUGAUGCCAUCAUGGUCGAGAUUGACCUCUUCCGAUCCAUCGCGAAGGAGCAGGCCGAGAGCGGCGACGGCGCCAAGAAAGCUCGGCCGUGGAGCGGACGGUCGGCUCGGAGUGCAAAGGACCUCUUUGUGUGAAGCCAGCAGAGUCGAUCGUGGUGGUGGGAGAGGGGAGAGGCAACAGGGGCCCCAAGUUUGCUUCAUAUCAUCUGAUGUAUCUGAUGUAUCUGAUUGCAUGUUGUGUAUCUGAUGUAUCCGAUGGCAUGGAUUGUUUGCGCUUGGUGCAGAGAGCUGCACCUCUCCCCUCCAACCAUCCCCUCCAUACCUUCGCCCAAUUCUAUGCCAAGGCGUCUCGUAACUACCCAGGAAUGACAGAAACAAAAGAUUACCA